AUGAAAAAACUUCUGAUAUUACUACUAUAUUCUGCUAUAUUUUUGAUCCAGGUUGAAGGUGCCGAGCAAUGUAGGAAAGAGAAUUUUGGGAAUAUUGUGGUGACUGGCGAUGAGGAUUAUUUGAUUUAUGGGUUGACGCAGGUUUGUGAAACGCUUCCGCGCAGCGGCGAAGUUACUUUAACCUAGAAAGUUAGGGUAACUCUCUUUAAAAAAUCCCGCAACCCCCCUCCCAUCCUAGGGAACUCCCGAACCCUCCAAUUUUCCUCCAGGACUGUCAAAUGUUCUUCGCUCGUCCCUCUCAACUCCACCUUGUCUCCCAAAUUUCAAUCAACCGUCAAUUAAUGUUCUGCGCUUCGAACCUUAUUCAAUUCCAUCUGAAAUCACACGACACACUUUUGCUAACUUUCAAACAGGCUCAUAAUCGAAUUUGCACAAUUGAUGUGCAUAUUCCGACAGUCGACAUGAUUAUUGGAGAUCACUUGUUUUUGUGAGUUCUUGGGAUGAUUUUUUUUUUGAAUCAAGAGUUCCAACCUGAAGCUUUCUAAUUAUUAAAUUGAAAAUUAUUAUAAUUUCCAGAUAUUCCUUGCGAAACACCCUUCCUUAUGCAGCCUGUUCACAUUCUUUGGAUCGCUCAUUUUCCCUCGAACCCGAUCUAUCAUUCAUGGAUCCUAUAUAUCAAGAUGUCAUUUAUUUCGUAGAUGCUUUAUCAAAAGGUUCAAAAUGGAAAACUCUUCAAUUUGUCCUGAAAGAUACCGGAACUUUGAGUAUGAUGAAUAAUCUGACGAUGAGAAAUGUGCAUUUGAGUGAUGAAGUUGAAUCUUCGGAAUUUGUUCUAACUAUCGAUAAUCGACGCGAUAAAUUGUUUCGAAGGAAUAAAUAUGGAGAUUAUGUUGAUUAUCAAUGUGGUUUUGAAUUGUUGUUUAGACCGGAUUUGGCGAAAGUUAAGAAGUUCAAGACACCAAAAAGUUAUGGGAAUUUGGUGAAUGGACAAAGUGUUGAGGAAGAUAUUAUGAUUUAUACGGAGACUGAUCGGACGGUGAGAGAAUUUUUUGAAUUUUCUUUGUUCUCAAAAAAAAGUUAGUUUAACUUUACCGAUUUUCGAAACUAAAAUUGAACUUUUUCACUCGAACUUCAGAAAAAAAAUGUUUUGAAUUUUUAAUUUAAAAACCCCAUAAAUUCCAAUGACGAAAAAAUAUGAUUUUUCAAUUCUUGUUUGUUGAUUUUGAUGAAAUCAUGACAAAAAACCUGUUUUAUUUGUCAUGAAAAAAUUUUUUUUUUAAAUCUUUUUCAAAAAUCUAGAUCACCUAAAAAUGUAGUCAGCAAGCUUCUUCCAGAGCACCUCGCAAUCCCGUCUGAAAAUUCUAAACCUGGAUCAACCUGAAGAUGUUUAUUGCCUUCUAUCAACAAACUUCGCAUUCGAUGUUGGAAUAAUCCGCCAAUCAUCUCUCGAUUAUCUAAAAUCGAAUCCUCUUCCAUUAUUUGGCACUAAAAUUCGACUGCACAGUAAAACUACCAAGAAACCGAAAAGUCAGGCUCAGACUCCAAAAACUAUUGCUAAUAUUAGGAUUACUACAUCUACAGCUACACCUGAAUCAAUCGAAAAAACAUCAUCGGUUGCCUAUUCACCUUCCGAAUCGUUUUUUCGAUUUGAAACCGCGACUGACUCAGAAUCUGAAGCUGAAACUUUUGAAAAUUCAGAGGAAGACUCUGAAAUAGCUCGUGAAUUAUCGACAGAUUUGAAUGAAUUGUCUCGAGACGCAAAUCUGACGCGUAGAUAUUUGGCCGACAAUGAGACUAUCAUUGAAUCGGAUGCUGUUAAAAGUGGCGGCACACUAUUUUCACUUUCACUUUACAAAAUUUCAAGUUUUUUAUUCCUUGUAAUUUUUUUUUGA